ACGUCCAAAAGGGCCCCAGAGCACCUCCAUGACCCACAUCCGCGUCAGGGUCAGGAAAAAGGGAGAGUCCUCCAAGAAGGCGCCCGCAGUCGUCAACAGGCCGCCCAUUUUCCCCAGCGGCCCGAGCUUUGGCCACGGGGGAGGGGGUUUUGCGGGCGUGGGAACUCCGUUCAACUUUCCGCCCUCCGCCUUUGGGCCGCCCGAGGAGCCUCCUCCCUUUAUCACCGUGAACCGCAACUGGCACGUCAAGUCGGAUGCAGGAAUAGGCACCGUCGUAGGAAAUAUCCACGUGACGGAUCUAUCCUCGUCGGGAAAAUCCUUCAGCGUCACCCUCCAAGGCUACGCGAAGGACCUGCUUCACGUGGAUGCCGAGGGCGGAGACGUGACGGUGGCUCGACCCCUUUCGAAUAUGGUCGGCAGGCAUCCUCUCACGGUAGUCGCCUCUAGCGGAGGCCAGAGUGCCUCAGAGCCAGUGACACUCAACAUCGAGAAAGGCGCGACGCAGGCACCCACCCCCACCCCCCCGACCCAACCCCAGACAUCCUUUAGCAGCCCCAAAGACACGACCAAGGGCUACCAGGACCUGAGGGUCAUCGGGAACAGUGCCGGUAACCCCGCACCUUCUUCGUCUUCCUCCUCCUCCUCCUCCUCCGAUUCCCCAACGACGGCGGCCCCGGAGGAGGCGUCGAGCGAAGGGAGCCUCAACCUGAUGGUGAUCCCGAUUGUGUUGGUGGUCGGGGUGUCUCCGCUGGUGCUGGCGGCCUUGUGGUACUGGAGGAGGCUCAGGAGGAGGAAGGCCCGGGCGGAGUCCAAGGAAAGCGCAGUGGUAUACACAGAGAAAGGCAUCGAAGCAGGAGCCACAGAGAACGCAGAGGAGAAUAACGAGGAGAGAGAAAGAGCAGGAAACAGGUUUAGCAUUGGAGUUGCUGCUCUCUGGCGAAGGGCAGAGAGUAAUAAAUACGAGGAUGGCGUAAAGGGAGAACAAAAGGGGAAGAGAAAAGUGAGUCAAAUGUCAUCACCAAACGCCGACAUCUGGGAAUUUCCUCGACACCGACUGAAAGUUAUGGAUAUUCUAGGCGAGGGAUGCUUCGGUCAGGUGUGGAAGUGCGAAGCGAUCGACCUGCAAGGCAAAGGCACGAUGCUAGUGGCGGUGAAGACCCUGAAGGAGUCGGCAGGAGACAGGGAGCGCCAAGACCUCGUGCAGGAGCUGAAGGUGCUGAAGAGCCUAGGCAGUCAUCUGAACGUCGUGUCCCUCCUCGGCUGCUGCACCGAGAAAGACCCGAUUUUCGUGAUCCUCGAGUACAUGAUCGGAGGGAAACUUCAGAGUUACCUGAGGGCCUCGCGAGCCGACACGCCCUACGACAACCUCCACGGCUCCUCCUCCUCCUUGACCCCGCGUGACCUCAUCCACUUCGCGUACCAGAUCAGCAGGGGCAUGGAGUUCCUCGCCAGGAAUGGGGUCAUCCACCGGGACUUGGCAGCUCGCAACAUCUUGGUGGGGGAGGGAAAGAUCUGCAAAGUGGCCGAUUUCGGAUUCGCGAGGGACGUCGCCAAUAACCGGAUUUACGAGAGGAAAAGUGAUGGACGACUGCCUAUCAGAUGGAUGGCUCCUGAAUCUCUCUUCGACAACAUAUUCACUACAAGGUCUGAUGUCUGGAGUUUCGGUGUCUUGCUGUGGGAGAUUGUCACUCUUGGCUCCACACCCUACCCUGGCAUGGGAGCUGCUGAGGUCAUGAGGAAGGUCAAGGCAGGUUACCGCCUGGAGAAACCCGAACAUUGUCGUAGAGAGAUCUACAACAUCAUGUACUACUGCUGGGACAAGGAUUCCAAAGAGCGACCUUCCUUCACCGAGCUGGUGCACACACUAGAGGGUCUUCUUCUGUCGGAGGUCGAGUACAUUGAGCUCGACCGCUUCCCCGACCACUCGUACUACAACUUCACCUCCGAGAACACGAGCGAACUCCUCUAAACUCUGGUUCUUUAGGGUAGUUUCUAAACAAAAAGAGAAAACAACGAUGAAAAAGGAGAAGAAAAAAAAAAGAGCGAAACCCCGGAGAGGUGUUGUCGUUAUGAGCAUGUGGCUGAUGUGAAAAACAAAGACAAAAAAUGAGGUGUUUUCGGUUUUGAGGAUGUGGUUUAUGAAAAAAAAAACCCAAAACAUAAAAAAAAACAAAAAAAACGGAGAGCUGUUGUCAUUAUGAGAAUGUGGUUGUUGUUACGAUGUGGUUGUUGUUGUAGAUAUGUGGUUGUUUUUAAUGUGUGUCUGUGGGCUGUCUCCAUCUUUGCAGCGGAUCGUAACACAUGUGGAUUCUGUGGUUCUGGAUACGUGAAUAUUCUCUCUGCCAGUUUUGUUAUUUGUUAUAACAAAUACUAUUUUCUGCUAAAUUCAGGAAGUGAUCUUGGCUGAGAACGUUAAAAAAAAGGGCCAAACAUCACCUUUGCUGUAGUAAGAUAAUUACCUGCUUAUUUUUUGUGGUAUUUUUCUAGACUAAAGAUCUUGCAGGUUGCCAUUUCACUACAAACUGUUAUAUUAUUCUGCAUUGAACCAUAUGUGAAUAUGUGUAAUGCAUAGAUGAUAUGUAAUAUUUGCUAUGAAUCUUUGAACUACUGUUUAAGAAUUCAGUUUGGUAACUUUUCCCACCAGAGACAUCUAUAUAUUUUAAUAAUAAUAAAAGAAUGUGCUGUAUGCUUGUAAUGAUAACAAAAUAUUUCCUAUGGCUUAUAUAUUUGUUAGGGAAAAUAUUUUUUCACACAAAAAAUGAUGCUAAUGUUUCGUUUUGACAAUACAUUAGAUAAAACGAAUGUUGAUACACAUGUCACCUAUAACACUCCUACAGAAUGAACAUCGCUAGUCUCUUGUGGUUGGUCACAAAUAUUUUCACGAUGCAUGAAUGAGAAAGUCUUGUUCUCAUGAAUGCUCGUGUGAGGCCAUGAACGGGUUACUCUCUUCUCAACGAAAAGCGGGCUAAAAAUGGCACUCCAGUGUCUCUUCUGAAAUUUGAAUCAUACUCACACUCGCACUCACACUCACACUCACACUCACACUCACACUCACACUCACACUCACACUCACACUCACACUCACACUCACACUCACACUCACACUCACACACACACACACACACACACACACACACACACACACACACACACACACACACACACACACACACACACACACACACACACACACACACACCAUCUGUAAAAUGUAAUAUCCCUUGACAACAGAGUGAAUAUAAAGCUUCCUUUACUAAAUAUGGUGCUCAGGUCAUCAGGAUAAGUUGAGUGCAAUGUUUUCAUUGUGACAAAGUAUAUAACAUAGCAGUUUAUAUAAAGAAAUAUUUAUGAAAAUGGAUUAACUCUAUUUUUGACUAAGCUUGUGUGUAUAUAGUUCCCAUUAAUACUAUAAACAGUCAGAGUAAGCCAAAAUAACCACAAUAUAUUGAAAGCUUGGAAAAAUAAGGAUGCUAUAGACGUUAUUGUUUUAAUUAUUAUUACUGAUGUUAUAAGAAUAACAUUAUCAUUAUUAUUAAUGUAAAUGUUGAUAAUGAUGAUGAUUCUGUAUUAGUAUUUGUAGAUACCACUAUUGUUCUGUUAUAAUGAUUAUUUUUAGUCAUUAUUAUUGUUAUUAUUAUGAUUAAUAUUAGCAUUAUUACUACUCCAGAGGUGUUGAUGAUGAUAACAAUAGUUAAAUGAAACUUUUGUAAUACUAGUGUCGUUACUAGAGGUAGAUAUAACAAAUGGACACAAAAAUAUAUUGGUUAAUCCAUUUAAAAUUUAUUACUUUGUAUUAAAAGAUACAAAGAAGCUAAAAAGAUUGAAUAAAAAGUAAAUAAUGAACAAUAUAAUGUGAAAAAAUGUAAAUCCUAUUUUGGUUAUUUUUUUUUAUAAUAGUGGAUGUGGUGCUAGUCUUUUGUGUCACAAAUGUUGAAAGGUAAUGCUAUGAAGCCAAUAAUACACAACACCGAAAUUUGUCAUUUUUUGUACAUACUGACAGUGUGAUAUUUUGUAAGUUUAUUCCUUUCUUUGGGUAGAUAAGAUAUUUUCCCAUCAGUGUGAUUCUUUCUAUAUAAUACUUUCUUUAUGAUUAUAUAUUAUUUCAAAUUGUUUAUCCGAGAAAGACCUACGUUUCCUCACUAGUAAAUAGAACCAAAACCCAACAAAACUAAAUAAAAAUAAAUACCACGUUUCGGUUAAAAACGAUACUCAUCUUCAGGUAUAAGCAACCAGUACACAUUUUAGAUAAACAUCAUAUAAAGAAAGGGAACACGUAAUUUCUUUAAGGAGGAUGGUCUGCUUUGACUUUCACGUUAUUUCAGUUAUUAUCUCUUGCUGUAUCUCCUCUGUUAACACGUUCUUGUGUUUGUAUUUCCAAAGCAGGGUUGAUCCUUACAGCCUCAGAAAAUCAAAGGGCCAUCUUUGUGUUGUGUUUACUUCCUUACACCAUGUUAAAGUCAGGACAAUAAGAGAGGCUGCACUCUGUGUUCGCUUCUUGUGCAUAUUUAUUUAUCAUUGUUAUAUAUGUGUCCUCAAUACGUCUUCUAUUUUGUAAUCAAUAAAGUUGUUGGAACUGA